AUGGGAUCCAGCUCGGAUUUAUGGGUUGCGGGGACUGGAGUGCAAAGCACGAGUACCGGGAAGACGUCAGGAGUAACCUAUGUGAAGGGGUCAAUAGAAGGUCCUGUUGAACUCGCCACGUUAGAGUUUGCGGGAUACACGGUGAAAGAUCAAGCCUUCAUUCUCGCCCCGCCCAGCAGUGACAACCCUGCUGGCACAGGUUUAAUAGGCCUCGGACCGAACAAUGGCUCCAGAGUAUUCGAAGCAUUGGAUCGCGAAGACCAGGGCGAUGCCGUCCUGGACCGGCUCUUCCGACAAAACACCUCCACGCCGAACUUCCUGUCCGUCCUUUUAGGGCGCUCGGAUGACCCGACGGACACCUUCCCUGGAGACCUUACCGUAGGAGAGAUUUUGCCGGGAUACGAGGUUAUCUCGUCCCAACCGAAGCUUACUGUGUCGAGGGUUUCGAUAUAUGACACUGGAGACCAGCAUUGGCAGACCCUGGUGGACGCAGAUGGGAUUAUUGGCUCCAACGGAAAGGUGAUAUCCGUCACUACGGGCGUGAACACUACGAGCAAUGCCAAACAACUCACGGCGGUGUUCGAUACGGGGUUCACUUUGCCUCAGGUACCUGCUGCCGUUGCGCAAGGCAUAUAUGGUCCUAUAAGCGGGGCGAGACUACAAAACAUCAGUGGACUCGGUGAAUCGUGGACCUUGCCCUGCACUGCGGAAGUGAACGCGACCUUCAAAUUCUCUGGUGUUAGCAUCCCCAUACACCCGCUAGAUCUCUCGAUGUCGGACGCUUUGUCGGACAGUUCUCGUUGCUUGGGCACUUUCCAACCGAUUUCCGAUGAUGCCCAGAGUCCAUCCUAUGAUAUGAUCCUUGGGAUGGCUUUCCUACGAAAUGUUUAUAUCUUGAUUAACUUUGGCGAUUUCGUGGACGACUCCGCCGCAGCCGUCGCGGACCCAUAUAUCCAGCUGCUGCCGACGACGAACGACACCGCAGAAGCGCACAACGACUUUGUCCGCGUACGGUUGAAUCGCGAAGCGAACCCGUCGAACGACACCAGGCGCGCCCCAUGGCGGACCAUUCUUCUGGCUAUCGGCCUAGCGUUGCUAGCCUUGGCUUUCAUCCUCGGCGUUAUCUCUUACAUUCGUCGCCGGAGAGCAGCUAGGGCUCCGGUCGCAGCAAGAGUUGGCGGGUUCUUCAAUAACCAAAAUACAUACGCCCCCCUCGGAACGCCUGCGCCUCCCAUGGCGAUGGAGGUUGUGUCGGGACCUCCGCCUCCCGGUCCUCCUGGAUACAACGCGGGUCAGUAUUAUAACCCGUACGAUGCGCCGCAUCAAACACCGUAUGGAAGACCGUACGGUUCAUGA